GUUUACAUUAUUUUGUGCUGUAAUUUUUUUUAAUAUCGCUAUGUUUAUAAAUUAAAAAUAAUCCAAAGUGCAGGUUGGAAGAAGAAUAGUGAGAACCAAGAUGAAUUUUUUAAAGAGUGGCAUAAAAACUGUUCUCGGAGCGCCGGAGCCAGGCCAGCAGCCUUCCGUCGCUGAAACGGUGGAACGUCUAGUUGAGCGAGCAAGCAAUUCCACAUUGCUGGAAGAUCGCAGAGAUGCCUGUCGAGCCCUGAAGGCUCUGUCAAGGAAAUAUAGACUUGAAGUUGGUGCCCAAGGACUAGAUACUCUCAGACAGAUUCUUGAACUUGACAGAGCUGAUAAUGAAACUAUAAACUAUGCAUUGGAUACUCUAAACAAUGUUGUGUCGCCAUCACAGUUUGAGGAUGAAGAGGACAAGCCACACAUACCCAUGAAUAUUGGAGAUCAAUUCACUGAAAUGUUCAUAAAAGAUCCACACAACAUACAACUAAUAUUAGACCUUCUUGAUGAAUAUGAUUUCAGAGUCAGAUUAUCAGCGGUACAAUUUUUGAUAUCGUUAUUAACAAACAGAACUAAAGAUAUACAAGAAAUAAUUCUAGACAAACCAAUGGGCGUGUCCAAAAUGAUGGAUCUUCUAGGCGACACCAGAGAAGUUAUAAGAAAUGAGACAUUACUUCUAUUGAUAAAGCUAACGAAAGGCAAUGCGAAUAUCCAAAAAAUUGUCGCCUUUGAAAACGCAUUCGAUAGACUAUUCGAAAUUGUAUCCAGCGAAGGUUAUUCGGAUGGAGGAAUUAUUGUCGAGGACUGUUUAUUACUAAUGUUAAAUUUACUAAAGAACAACAGCAGUAACAUCAAUUUCUUCAAAGAGGGCAGUUACAUACAGAAAAUGCUGCCAAUGUUCAACAUUCCGGAAGAAUCUGAAGAGAUUGGCUGGUCGCCCCAAAAAGUUUCCAACUUACAUUGUAUGUUACAGUUGGUCCGUACUUUAGUGUCUCCGAGCAACUCCGCACAGAUUAUAUCCAACUGUCAGAAGAUUAUGAAGAAUGUGGGCCUUCUGGAUGCAAUGUGUAAUAUAUUAAUGGCGAGUGGAGUGCCGGCGGAUAUUUUGACUGAGACUAUAAACUCUGUUGGUGAAGUGGUCAGAGGGGAAGGCAGUAAUCAGGAGUUUAUUGGCAAUGUUAUAGCGCCGUCGUAUCCACCGCGGCCGGCGAUCAUAGUACUCCUGAUGUCUAUGGUCAAUGAGAAACAGCCAUUUCCACUUAGAUGUGCAGUCCUCUACUGCUUCCAAUGCUACUUAUCACACAACGAGAUGAGCCAAGCGAACUUGGUGCAAACCCUCCUGCCAUCCUCAAGCGACGUGUCAAGCCUCACAAGUGGUCAAAUCCUCUGCGGGGGGCUCUUCUCAACAGACGUGCUGUCCAACUGGUUCUCCGCGGUGGCCCUGAUGCACGCCUUGGUUGAUAAUACAACGCAAAAGGAGCAAUUGCUGCGGGUGUUGUUGGCAACCAACAUUGGGAGCGACCCUGUGUCUUUGUUGCACCAGUGCACACUGUUAUUGCAACAGACAACAAAACUGCAAUCGAAAGUGGCGCUGCUGAUGUUACUGUCGCAGUGGAUGAGCCACUGUCCGGCCGCCGUCAGCGCCUUCCUGCAGGUGCCGGGCGGGGUGGGCUACCUGGUCAACCAGACUUCCUCCAACGAGCACGACGAUAACGAGUGUCUGUUGCAAGGUCUGUCGGCAUUCCUGCUGGCCAUCUGCAUCAACUUCAACGACGACUCGGUGGCCAGCUACACCAGGGAUUCGCUCAAGCAGCUAUUGCUCAAACGCGUCGGCAUGGAGUUGUUCUGCGCCAAGCUGGGCGAGGUGUCGCGCCACGAGCUGUACAACAAGGCGGCCAAGCACCCGCAGUUACGGGUCGCCUCCCCCAAGGAAGUGCUCAUCGACUACGAGUUCUGCAGGCUGUUCAAGAGCCUAGAGAGCGUGCUCGGCCACAGCCUAGCGGAGCGGCGAGCCAACGGCGCGGAGGCGGACGAGGCGGAGUUGGAGCAGUACAAGGCGCUCAUCCGCCAGCAGGACGCGCGCCUGCACGAGCUCGUGCACCAGCUCGACGCGCUGGCCGGCCAGGCGCGCGAGCUGCAGAGUACCCUAAACGACUCUCUAGCUGCAAAUUCCCUACUUAAAGACGAGAACACAUUAUUAAAAGCCCAAGUAUCUGCCAAUUCUAUUCCAAUACAACCGAAACCUACGCAGCCGGACCCAAAACUUGUACAAUAUGAAGAAAGGAUGCUACAGUUGAACGGGGAAGUGUUCAGGUUGAACGAAGAAGUGACGCGGUUGAACGGAGAAGUGGAUAGAUUGAAUGGAGAACUGAAGACAGCGAAAGACGCUGAGAAGAACAGCGCAGAGGAAUUGGAGAAACUGAAAAAGGAUCAAGAUGAUUUGUUAUAUUUGCUUGCUAAUUAUGAUUCAAAAACAAACGAAUACAAAAUGAGACUUCUGCAAUUGGGCGAGCCGGUCGAGGACGAUGAACCAGCGGAAGAGGAUAACCCGACGUAGUGUUACCAUAUUGUAGAAUAAUUUAAAUGAAUAUAAUAUUUAUUUAAUUAGAAAUUGUUGCUAUACCUCACCAAACUUGUGAUACGAAAAGAUGAACUAAUACCUAGAUGUGCCCUACUAUAGAACUCAUAAAAACAAGACACUAGAAAUGCCGUUUUCACUGACAACCAACAAAGCAAUGACAAAGUAAGUAAGGGGGCGUUCAUAAUCCGUGAGAUGUUUAAAUGGUCGAGUCAAAUCUCAUAUAAUCUUACGUUGGAGUGGGGGGGUCUCGGCAAAUAUCACGGAAUUUUUUUUCUGAUUGAAAAAAAAUUUAUUAUUUUGGACCUUUUUACAAUUACAAUCUAACGCGUUUACGCGUUUAGAAACUCACAUUUUGAAAAAUCUCACGUGAGAUUGGGGGAUGGGGGAGCGGGUUGAAUAAAAUCUCACGACAUCUCACCAGAGGUGGAGGGAGGGACAAAAAACACCUCACAAAUUACGUGAUGUGUUUUGGAUGGACGCCCCCUAAAGCCUGAUCAAAGAAGAUUCCUAGGCAGACAUUUAUCUGUUACCAAUAGGCAAUCCAUAUAACCUUACUUGUCUAUGGGCUUUGUCACGAGGUGUGUUAUUUUGUGUUUGUAUUAUCAUAGUUUUUAUUUUUCGUAUGGAUUUAAGGUUGUUAAAAUAAACCAAAUUAAUAUUUUUUUAUCCGUCAAGUGUCACUUGUCGUGUCGCAACGAGUUCCCUAAACGUCCUCCCUAUGUGUUGGUGAAACGUUUUUUUAAUUACGCAUCGCCCAAAUGACAGGCGUCCGAUUUAAGCGUUGCCUAGAUUUAUUGAAAACGGGCAUAAUGUAUGGAAAACAUUCGCGCCGAACGGCUACAAGUUGGAAUGGAAAUACUACGCGCUUCAAUCAUACAUUUCUGUUUCUCACAACGGCGUACAUAAGUUGUUUUAGAGCAUAAAUUAAUUAUAAAUAUCCGGCAUCGGUGUUUCCUGUCACAUACAACGUGAAUGCCUUUAGACCAGAGUGGAUAGUCAUUUUCUAGCCAAACGCGGGACGCGAACGUAGCAAAAGAAACACUAAGAGGCAAUAAAGUUUUAAAGUUAAAGUCGCUAACUUUUGCAAAAUGUCUUGUUAAAAUUCGAGUGCUCCGAGUCUCGUUUCCGACGACAAAGUGACGCGUACACAACAUUUCUAGUGUCUUGUUAUUUAGAUUUCUAUGUACUUUAUGCUUCUUACGAGGUUUUUCGUCUCGAGAACUACGACGGUUUUCGUUUUUUGAAAGCUUCGUACUAUCACAUUAUACUAUACAUUAUUAUUUAGUAUUUCACUAAGAGUGCAAAGGGGGCUGUGGAGUUAUACAAUACUAGAUUUCGCAUUGAAUUUCCGGAAACUAUACAACUUAGGUUCUUGAACCUGUAAUAACGAAAUAAUAAAAUUGACCUCGUUUUUUAUCUUGAACGCAUUUAUAUUACAUAUCCGAAAAUGUGACUGUUUGUUACUACGAAUAGUGGGUACGUAUUGCUUGUUAAUAAAACGUGACACAGCUGCACCAUUAGGGGUCGUGAAAUCCAAAUUUAAACACGCAUUUCCGUUUAAUCGUUUACACAAGGGCUUGAAAACUUGGUUAUAUUUAAGAAGGGAGCGAAAUCGUAAACCUGAUAAUUCCGGUUUUCUUGCGCAUUGACUGGGUGCAUUGACCUCUUGUGUUCGAUCUCACACUCGAGUUCUUUUACUAAAACCGUUUUUAUAUAUAGUUCCCGAAUAUGAUAGUUCGACCAAGAUUUAUAGUGUCGUAUGGCGGAUAUGCACCCUGGAAAAGGUCACUGAAAACUUAGGCAGAGGACGCAGUGUGUUGGUCAACAGUCUGGGGUUAUGUAUCAGGUUUUAUUAUUCACACAAUAAUUCCAAUAUGUUUCAAAUAAUUAUUUUUUACCGUGAUUUUGAUUAUAAAUGGAGUGUUGCAAUAACUUCGUUCCAGGAUGUUUAUUUUAUAUUGUUAUUAUGCUUCUAGUCGUUAAGAAUGGUAAACUUAUUUUUAUUUUUAAUAAAACUGCGAAAUUGUAUAAAUGUAUAAUAAAGUGACAACUCGAAUGUGUUUAGAA